AUCCUGGUCCUCUUUCUUCCCACCUUCAUCAUCUCCGUCCCCUCACGCCCUCCUCCGCACUUCGGCUUGCAUCGACAGGAUCGAUACUCUCCACAAGUACCCCAUAACGUUCUUUUACGUCUCCAAUCCCUUUGUCCGCCAGCGGACUUGCUUUCUCACUUGUAAAAUCGGUGGACUGAACAUGUUCGAUUAUAGCAGACCUACAAGAAAUAGUUCCAAUGAGGUCGUUUUGCAUCUAACUCCAAAUCAACAGGCAGCGCCGCCUGUUCCCUUCGAGCUACAAGGCCAAGUAAGCGGCUACUUCUUCUGCGACUUGAACGAAGAGGAAGUUCAACAUGUGAAAACUGCAGGUCGUUAUUCCAAGCCAGUAUUGGAACGUGCUUGGUUGCAUCUGAACGAUCACAGCGACAAACCCAGGCCGCUGCUGCGAUCACCGUCGGCAUUUUCACUGCUUUAGACCUUCUAGUUCUAUUGCCGUUGUUGAUUUGGAAACAUAUGGGUCGCAGGGA